AUGCCUUCUCCCAAGCGGCGAAAACUUCAGCAUAAACCUGCAGCUGCAAAACCUACGGCUGCAACAGAAUCCUCCUCUUUUCUUUUAUCUCCCGAUGCUCCAAUUAUCAUCUCAAGUUACCUUCGUGUGGUGUUCCAUGCUCUCGCAUUGUUCAUUAUCACUGUAUUCCUUUGUUACACGGUCACCGCUUCCAAAGCGCAAAUCGAAGAACGCAUAACCCAAGAAAUCGCAGCUAUGCAGGUUGAAAUUUUGGAAUGUAAACGCAAAUACAUCGAGUACGAAUGCGCUUCAUCUCAUCGACUGGAUCUAUUUCGCGAGCAUUGUAUUCAGUGGGAUAAAUAUCCUUUUUUUGUUCCUGGCCCUUAA